CGCAUGGAAUACUGGGAAACAAACACAGUGGUCGGGAUAAAGCUCGGCGUAAACAUCGAUUACUGACGCUUGCUGAAGACUUUGCAGGACAAGAAAACAACUCCUUCGUCUGAAGUAACGAGCGCGUUUCCGCAGUUUUUCAUUGUUAUGACUAUUUACGACGAGCGAUGUGACGUUUUAAACCGUACGAGCGGCUGGAGCCCGAAUGAUAACGUAACCGCAGUGGUCUGUGGUUAUCCCUGGAGUCUGGAAAGUUAAACGUGUCUGUGAUCUAUAAACUAGACGCGAUAAAUCUGAACACGUCUGAAAAUCUCUCGCAGGGGUCUGGUCGACAGGGAUGUCUGGGGGGGAUGUUAUUCCCGAUGUCAUCAAGGCGGUGAUUGGACGGUGGGAGAUCAUGGCAUUCGUGAGCGACCAGCAGCUGACACGCUUGGAUUUUAAGUCCUUAAAAUGGUCCGAUUUCGCAUCGGUUCUUCCGAGAUAAAUUGACUAUUUCAACUCCUUUUCCUCUUGUGUAUUUGUUGCUUGUCGGUUUUCCCCACGCCUUUAUCUAAGUGAUCAUCGCUUCCAGGCAACGUGGAAAGUCAAGGGUCAUUAUAUCGGACUAGUAGUCCAGUCGGUCAUAUGAAGGUAUAAUAAACAUGUGGAGCUCAGGGCCAGUGCACGGUUUACUGAAAGCCCUAAAGCACACGGCUGGUAAAGGUCAAAUCCAGCUGAGCCGCUGGGUGCAUCGAACCCCGGAGUCGCUGGACUGCGACAAGAUUGACAUCUUGAUCUGCAACGUCUUUGAUGAGAGAGCAAACGGUGGGAAGUCAGAGUCGGACCCCGAGAGCUUGACCGACGCCGGUGUGUCCUUCACCCCCGAAUUCAGAUAUCCGUGUUGUAUAACCACCUGUUGCUGUAAAAGCGCCCUGCUGGCCUGCAUCCUGACAGCUGUGUGCUUCUCAUCGGUGGCACUGGCGCGCCAGUACCUGAAGGACGCGUUAUUAUGGGUGGAAAGUUUGGACAGCCUUGUUGGAGCCAUGCUCUUUAUAGUGGGAUUGAUCACGGUGUCUUUUCCCUGCGGUUGGGGUUAUAUCGUGUUGAACGUCGCCGCGGGGUAUUUGUAUGGGUUCGUGUUGGGAAUGGGUCUGGUGAUGGUUGGGGUUUUGAUCGGGACUUUCAUAGCUCAUGUGGUGUGUAAAAGAUUACUGACGAAUUGGGUUUUGAGUAAGAUCGGCAGCAGUGAACAGCUCAGUGCUGUUAUUCGGGUCGUGGAGGGUGGAAGUGGACUCAAAGUUGUGGCCUUAGCGAGACUCACGCCGAUUCCCUUCGGUCUCCAGAACGCGGUCUUCUCGAUCACAGAUGUGUCCUUGCCAAACUAUUUAGUGGCUUCCUCAGUGGGACUUCUUCCAACACAGCUGCUCAACUCCUAUCUGGGCACCACCCUGCGCACAAUGGAAGACGUGAUUGCGGAGCAGAGCAUCAGUGGAUAUUUUGUAUUCAGUCUGCAGAUCUUCAUCAGUAUCGGCUUGAUGUUUUACGUCGUACAUCGAGCACAGGUGGAACUGAACGCCGCCAUCGCCGCCUGCCAGAUGGAACUGAAGACAUCGUACACAAACGGCAACGCGGCCAAUCACAGUGGUCCGAGCUACUGCAGCAAAAGAGCUGCGGCAGGAGGAGGAAUCAACAUAGUCUGACGGCUAACUUCAACAUUUCUCCUUCAAGGGACACACGUCAACCACCCCCACCAUCCAGUUGAGCUGCCCUGGCCUGAAUGCAGAGCGGAGAUGUGUCUGAAGGCAGUGAUAGGUAGUCUGGGAUCUCGCUGCCAUCUGAGCGACUGUGGCCCUUGCCAGCUGUUGUGGUUAUGAUAAAGGUCGAACUGUGAAUAGGCUCAAAGCUGAGGAGCUGCCCAUCGGGGACUGUCAGCCUUUGAUGGAAACAUUGCCCAAAGAUUGGGACCCUGGGCCAGUAUUCUUUAAUGAGUCAAUGAAAUUGAUUGAUAUGAAGUUUUUGUGGUACGUUUCCUUCCUGUUUUAUACUAAUAUAAAUUAUAUAAAAGUUUAUAGGAUGUCUAAAGCAUGAGUGAGUAACUUGAGGAGUGUUAGAUUUGUAGUUACUUUAGAUGUCGCGGAGGGCCCAACUAAUAUAUCAGGUUAUUAUGCUUAAGUUUAUUUUGUUCUAUAUAUAUAUAUAUAUGCUGUCAUUUGGUAUAGAUGAACAAUUAUGUUCAUUUUUUAUACAUUUCAGAAAUUAACCAAGUAUUGCUUGACAGAUUGUUUCUUUUAUAAAAUGUUAGAAGAGAAAAGUCCCACCUGGAUGAAAUUGUGGCAUUCGCCAGACAGGGUACACUUCUGCCUCUCGGCAGUUUUUUGAGGGAAGGACCUUUUCUUAGCUGGAUAUUUAAGAACUGAAAUCUUUAGUAGUGCAUGAUCAGCUCGGCGGUAUGAGCGUACGUGUUCAAUAUCUCAUUCUCAUAUUGAGAGGACUGAAAUUUAUUCUGCCUUGUAUGAUUUAACCAAAUGCUAUAUUAUAGGGCUGUUAGCAUUUUACAAUAUCACGUUUGUUAAUUUAUUCAUUGUUAGCAUGGUAUCAUUCAGAAAUAUUUCACACAUGGGCUUCUUUAAAGGAAUAGUUCGCCUUCAAAAUGAAAAUUCUGUCAUUGUUUACAAGCCCUGUUGUCAUUUCAAACCUGUAUGACUGACUUUCUUCUGCAGAACACAAAAGGAGAUAUUUUGAAAAAUGUUCGUACCAGAAAACCGUUGGUCCCCAUUGACUUCUAUUGUAUGGACACAAAGCCAAUGCAAGUCAAUGGGGACCAACGGUUUUCUUUUACGGACAUUUUUCAAAAUAUCUUCUUUUGUGUUUUGCGGAAGAAAGAAAAUCACACGGGUUUAAAAUGACAACAGGGCGAGUAAAUGGUGACAGAAUUUUCAUUUUGAAGGUGAACUAUUUCUUUAACAAUUUUGUAUAUUUAAGAUAAAGACUAAAUGUUGAAAGUAAAUAUACAUAUUUGUGACAAUGACAUUAUUAUUAUUACAAUUACAAAAUAGUCAACACAAGAGUCACACACUUUAAUGGGUUGUUGGUGUUGUGCAAAAAAUGGCUCGCAGUUUCCUAAGAUCCAUCGUUUUUCCUUGUUUCUCAAAUGCUUAAAUUCAGCACAAGCCCUCCAUCACACAGAUCAAAUUAGACCUGGAAUAUUAUGCCACAUUUUACUUCGAUGCAUGAUAAUAACCGUCAUUCCCUCCGUAGAGAUUCUUCUAGUUAGAAACAAAAGACUCCUGAGCAUUGAGUGACGUAUUUCUGCCUAUAUCAUUUACUACAGGGUUCUGGUAAUGAGCUCGGAGCCCAGGUAUCUCCUGUGCCGACAGACCUACGGAAAACAUUAAAUCCCUCAUUGCCUAGAAUUUCACAUAAUCCGGGUGCCUGGUUUGUUUUUGUUUUGUCUUGUCGUAUGCCUCUCACUACAUUCCCGCUACACUGUAGUGCUAAAUGCGAAUGUUGUUACGCUUUUGCAGUAUAGUAUUUUCUGUUAGCGGUGUGAAUUCUUUUCUAAUGUUUCACAUACAUUCUGUUGAGCAGCAGUUGUUCUCAGAAACGGAAAUGUAGACUCGGUGACUUCGAUCCAAGUAUCGUCUGACACAUCGACACUUACAGUUUGGUUUACAGCAACACUAACACAUUACUGUAAUCUGACAAUCAUAGGGUUUGUGAACAUUGGCUUGUUGCUGAUGUUAAAGUGAUAGUUCACCCCAAAAUAAAAAUGUUUUCAUAAUUUACUCAUUCUCAUGUCGUUCCAAACCUGUAUGAGUUUCUUCUGAAGAUAUUUUAAAGAACGUUGGUAACCAAACAAAACUGGCCCCCAUUGGCUUCCAUUGUAUAAACACAAAACCACUGAGACAUUUCUCAAAAUAUCAUCUUUGUGUUCUACAGAGAAGAAAGGGUCAUAUACAGGUUUUGAAUGACGCGAGACAGAAUUUAUAUGUUUGGGUGAACUAUCCCUUUAAAUCUCACCUUUUUAGUUUGUAUUUGUCUUCAGUCAUAGUGAUGCUGCUACUUGGACGCUAGCGUCUGAGUGAAAUGCUGACAAGGGCUCGCACUAAUAUUGCAACUUUAUUACAACGUGACAUGCCAUCUCGGUUUUCCUACAUAGGGAGUCUGUGCAAACAGACAGGACGAGAUUUUCCAACGCGUUGUUACAUUUUUUUGAAAAGUGCAGAUGUGCACAACUGGACACAUUCCUUAUCUUAAGAAACGGUUCGGUGGUUUGGAUGUUUCUGGAUUUCAAGAAAAGAAAAUGGCCCCUCUGUUUUCUGUAUUUAGCAAUAAAAGCUGAACAAGCGGACUCGCUUUCUGAGUUACGCUGGAGAGAUCCAACAAUCCUGGUCUUGUGUUACGAUGUCAAUCUGCCUUGUACCUCUUGCUGCCUAAGACAUUGAAACAUGACACAAGCCUGCAGUGUGAACCGACUUUGAAUUCCCUUAAGAUGUCAAUGCAAAAAAUGUAAGUUAUACAGAUUUUAAUGGUUGCGUUCACAAAAAGAGAAAUAAAUAACAAAUUGGGGAUGCAUAUUAGUGCUUUGUCUUAUUUUUUAUUUAUCGAACGACAGUGAAAUAUGCAACAAUGCAAAUCUAUAUAUGGUGGGGAGAAGGCGAACCUUAAUCUGAUAUUACAGGCUAUAACCACAGCACAUUAUUUAAAAAAAGAUACAAAUGUAAUUUCAGAUUAAGGCACAUCAGGUACUAUACUGAAACCUCCCAUUUUACAAGUGCAUUUUGCAUUGUAUUUUGUAAUACAGAGAAUUUUGCAAAGUGUAAAUGAAUAUUUAUCGCUGUACCAUGCCUGUUCAGUGUUAUUUAUGAAAUAAAAAAUGUUUAAAAUUAAGACGCUUGAGUUUUUCUAUGCCUUGCUAUCUAUAUAAAUAGCACCAGUGUUUGUGUCUUAAUAGGGGCGCGUCUUGUAAAACUAAAGAUGCUUUGUUUGCUGAUAAAUGCAGUUUAGUUACAGAUUUACAGUGCUAUCUCACACCACAAUGUUCUUCACAUAGUUCCAUUAGUUAUCUCUGGGGUUACAGUGACAUGGUACAAACUACACCAUUAUCUAGAAAGGCUGCAAUAUGAAACCUUCCAUGAAUAAGAUCCUGGUGCUAAUAUAACCUUGACUGCUUGCCACUAACACUGAUAAGUGGAAAUGGCCUGAAAGUGCGCAGACACAUGUUGCAUAUAUGAUUUGGUAUAUUGACUUUUCCUAUUCUAUUAUAGAAAUGAAAAAAACGAUUUAAAAGCCCCACUAGUCUUCUACACUGAAACGGCACGAGCUCUCAGUUCAAUGUGGUGGAGUGAUGACUAGAAAGCUCUAAAAUCUCUUAUUUGAGAAGAUCAGGAGGGUAGAUCAGCUGGAGGUGUCUAAACUCAAGGUCUACCGUUAGCUUAAGGGAUAGUUCGCCCAAAAAUUAAAAUUCGGUCAUCAUUUAUUCACCCUCAAGUCAGUGCAGAACACAAAAGACAACAUUUUGAGGACUAGUAGUAACCAGACUAUACGUUUCCCCCAUUAACUUCCAUUGUGUGGACACAAAACCACUGAGACAUUUCUCAAAAUAUCUCAUUUUGUGUUCCGCAGAAAAAAAGAAGUCAUUUACAGGUUUUAACAUGAGGGUGAAUAAAUGAUGACAGAAUUUGUAUUUUUUUGGUGGUAUAUUAUCCCUGGCCCUUCAAAUAUGAAGUGGCAGUGACCUUUAUCUGUGACAGAGGAGCAAGGAGAGAGCAUGUUUGUGCUACAAGCUGUGUUUUAGAGCAGAACUCUGUGAGCCAGUCGUAUGGAUCCCGAGGGCAGAUCUGUUCUGAAACCUUUGGCAGUUAGCAGUUUGACCUGGUUUAGAUCUAGCUACUAUUUACACAUCUGACCGUACAAAAUGUUUAUUAGUCUUGGCGGUAGCGUGAUUUUCAAGGUUGUCUUGUGCCCCAGAUAGCAAACUGACAUUGAUUCAACAUAAAUUGUUGGUCACAGGGUCCAUCACAAAUUUGUUUGCUCGAGUGAGACUGCGAUUUUAUAGUGCAGAGUGUACAUGACUUUACUGUGUUUUACAACAAAUGGCAAACUAAAUGGUCUAUUUUUAGCAGUGCCUGCAAGGCAAUAUGUUAUUUUUAAUUUCUAAUAUAAAUAUUGGUAUCUGUGUGUGGCAAAUACACAAAUGCAAAUGCUUGUUGCUACGCAAGCUGUGCUUUACACAUUGCUGUAUCAAAGCCCAUUUAUGCCAUAUAAUUUAUUUUAAAUCAUACUCUUAAAAGGCGAAAUUCUGAGAUAAAGUUAUAAUAUAAAAUAAAAAGUCAGAAUUAUGGAAAAUUAAGUCAUA